CUGCGUUACUCGUGCUGAUCAUUGAAAGUGCUUGCUCUCUGUGUCAGUAUAACAUGUUGAUUGCCUAAACACAUGAUUUUCAUAUAAUGUUGUGCUAGCUCUAAGAUGCAGGAAUUUCUAAGGAUUCUAUCAUGAAUGACAAAAAUGAGAAACAUGGAUAUAUUUCGGAUGGAUGGAUAAUUUUCCUGCAUGUCCCUUAAUAACUUUGUGUAAGGAAUGAAAAAUAGAUAGUACUGGAUAUUACUCAAAAAGAUGUCGAGUCAUGGUGCCUAUCUAACGUGAAAACUGGAAAUGAAAAAUGAUGUGCUUAAUCAUGGAAUAAAAGCACGAAAGUAUUUGAAAUGGAGUUAACGCAUUUUGACAAUAGUUAUUUUUUCUUAACUGUCUAAAGGAGAAUUAUUUCAUAUCAUCGCUGCAUUAUAUUCACAGAUUUAUAUUGUUAAAAAUAAGUGCCAAAGCAUAGAUAUGCUUUUUUAGAUACCAAACCAUAAACAUGGAACGUUGCCAUUCUGUUUUAUCUCUACCUCAAGAUUCAAGAAACGCAGCCAAAUACAAUCUAGUCAAGAUUGCUCGCAGCGAUGGUGAAGCAAAUGCAGUUUUUGAUGGAGAUAUUUUCUGCAUGGGGGAUCAUGACUUCAAAUCGAGGAAACGGAAGAAAGGCCUAUCGAAAUCAGUUCAAGAGCUGAAUUUCAGGAGAGAUCGAUUUGUGGCGCCAUCUUUCGGACAAACAGCAAAACGGAAAGUGAACAGAGUUCCAAGUCAAGAUGAUUUAUGGAAAUCUAUACAAACAAAUUACACUUUUCUUAUGGCGGAUGAUCUCAUAGCAGAAUGUCAGGAGACACGUAAGGAACUCUACUUACCCCUACCAUCUUCUCUGAAUAGAAACGACUCUCAUUCAACUUCCCCUCAUCACAUGCUCAGUUACGAAGAAUUUCUAGAAAAGUUUAACCAAUUACAUGACAGCCUUCAUUUACUUCAAACAUCUGUCUCGAGUAUGGAUCUCAGUGAAAUAGAGAUUGAAAAAUUAUUUUCCCAGUGCCAAUACCUCAAAGAACAAGCUUCAUUAAUAAAACUCAUGAAUCCGGAUUUGAGAGACGAGAUCAAUAGGCGAUGCAAUAUUUUAAGUAACAAAUUUGAAAUUUUGGAAAGGACUCUUUUUCCUAAGAGAACUCAAGAGAAGAGUGACACAGUUAAAAGUCUUAACGCUCAAAUGAAACGCAUUCGAAAAUGGUUACAAGAAGUCGAAGGCAAAUUAAGGAAGUUGAAACUCAACGAUGAUUGCACAACUGAGGAAAUGACGGAUGUUUUAAGUCGAGAAAAGAUCCUGCAGCGCGAGAUCGAAGGUCGCGGCAAGGAACUCACUUCCCUCAUCCGGCAGUGCGAUUCGCUGGAGGGCGCUACAGUCGCCGAAUCGAAACGCUUGCGACGGGCCGCCGCACACUUGGAGCGAAGCUGGCACAACAUCUGGAUCCGCUCAUUGGAGAAACAGUGCCUCACGGAACAGCGCCUUCUCAGACGUCACGACGAAGAGAGCAACCAUCGAGAAGCCUCAGAUAUCGAGCUAGAUGAAGGCCCGUUGAAUAAGCAUCGCCGAUUGACACUGGACCGUUGGACCGCUGUUGCAUCGACAGCAAAUAUGGACCGGAAUAAGAAGCCCAUCGAAAUCAUCAAAAGUGGACUUCUGACCAAAGACAUCGGGGUUCUCUGCAACGAUCUUGUCCCCGUCAAUGAUAAAUGCAUUAUGGUUGGGACUACUGGGAUUGCUGCUUUAAAGGCUGAAUAUGGCGACGAUUUCACUAAUUUCGAAAUCAUCCAAGACGUCGGGUAUUCGAGUGAAAGUUCCACGCACCUGUCCAGCGACGACGGCAUCAGUGUGGGUGGCGAUCGGUACUUCAACAUACGCGUCUACAACUACACCGACAAGAAGGCCUCAUCUAAAAGCAUCAGCUUGAAGGAGGAGCUGCACAGCGCUGAAUCGAAGCAACCCUCUUCUCUUGCCUCCUCCCUCGGAUCUUCCUCGGGGGCCACGUCUUUCAAUGACUCUGGGCUUGGUGCAGCUGAUCUUUUGGCUGCGGGAGACUCGCGAGAGGCUGAGUAUGAGAAGGUCCUUUUCACAAACGACUGUGAUAAUUUUGACCCUAGCCUUCCUGACGAUGAAUCUGAUUUUCUUGAAACUGUGCUGGAGGGUUGUGUUGAUUUUUGUACCAGUGACGGAGAAAAGGAGGAUAGUAAUGACUUCACUGCCGUGGAUGAUUUGCAGUACAGUUUAAGUGGCAUCGAAAGCGACGAUUCUCAAAAUAAUUUUCACAAAAAAAGAUCAUUCACCACAUCAUCUCAAUUAUUUUAUAAAAUGAUAUUAGUGGAUAGUGAAAACGAAGAGGUAGAUAGCAUCGAAAACAACAAUGGCAAUAUGCCUAAUAAAUUUUCUUUGGAUUCGAAGAAUGUUUCGGACAUUGAAAAUGGUAAUCUGUACGAAUUCGCUAAUGAUUUCAAUGAAAACAUCGUCGUGCUAAAGGAAAAAUCUCUUCCAGAUAAUAAAUCUCCUAGCACAGAUUCGGAACAGAAGACAUACAAAGUUCCUCUAACUUUAAGUCCUGUAGAGGGUCAUCCUCGGAACUCAUAUCAGAAAACACAGUGCCUCAAUUCUACUCCAGUGAAAUCCCAAGAUGGACAAGAAAAUAGAAACUUUGUGUCACCGAAUCUCAAACGGAAAAGAGACAGUGAAACCAACGAUUUAAUUAGUACAUGGGAAGGUGGUGGUGGAAUGCGAGUGCGUUCUUGGCUAAAGCGAUGUUCUAGGACUUUAGAUACUCCUCCCAAAGCACGCAUCAGGCGCUGUUUGUUUCGAGGUAGCAAUGGAUAUUCAUCGAGUGAAGAAUCUACCCAAAAUGCAGUGCCAGGCAUGUUGGACGAGGAUUUGUCAUCUUGCGACGCCAGUUGCGAAUACACAUCCUCUAGUGCAGAUGAAGGAAAUGCAAUGUCUUCUUCCUCGUCAUUUUUCGACGACGAUAUGCUUCAUUUCAAAGAAAGGUUGGAUUCCUGCAGCGCUGAAGGAUCCGUCGAAACUGUCAUCCGAGGACUCAAAAGUCCCCGUCGCUCAGAGAUUGGUUCUGGAGAGCUGUUACCGCCACCUUUGUCUUCAACACCAUCAAGCCUGCGCCGAAGACAGCACAAUACAGGGUCUUUGCGUUGCUGUGAUGGACCCUUCUCGAAUCAUAGCUGUGCCGAUUUGAGAUGGUUCGUUAUGAUGGCAUCUUCUGAAGGAGACUUGAGAACACGCAAUUGGCCGAUUCCAAGCACUGAGCAUUCCUCUACGAACAUUCGCACCAAUGAACAGCACAAAGAAAACCUAGGUAACUUCGCUUUUGAUUUCAAACACCGCCUAUCAUCCAGUCUUCCCAAUGUCCUCCGUCAUCGUUCUGACAGUUCCACAGAUGAUACCAAAGCAUCUAUUAUGUCGCAUUCCGAUAGUAAAACUUGCAGACGGUGCAGCCAGAAUGAUGAUAGUUUCACUAGCUUCGUAUCGCACAAUCAAUCGAGUUCAUCGGACUUCGAAAAAAAGAAGAAACGUCGCAGCAGGCGGAAGUCUUCCAGCUCCAAUAGGUCGUCUCGAACAGUGUUGACCGGUAGUGACAAGAGCCGUGUCAGAUCCAGAACCUUGACCAGUCGAUGCAGCAGCAGAAGAAGAAAUUUGUCUCAAAGGUCCGAUUUCUUUGAAGGCUCUGAAAAUAUUUUUUCUGAAAGUGAUGGAUCCUCUGCUGCGGUGCACAAAGUGUCCAGGGAAGAUCUGAAUCCUAAAAACUUGAAGGAUGAACUGGAACUGGCCCUCAAGGAUAAUAUUAAAAGUUGCCAUAAUGGAGCGUCUUUGCUCUCACCUGCCGAAAGUGAUGUUGUUUUGACACACUUAGAAGAGCAGAGUACCGUAUCGGAUCAAGUUUGGGACGGAUAUCAGGAUAUGCCUUAUCUUAGCGAGGCCUACUCCGAUGCGACGGUGGAUGAAGAUGCUGUUCGAAAAUUGACUGAAUUUGGAGAUGAUUAUGGUUCGGCCAUUGGGCAGCCGCUGCGUUUCCUCGACAUAGGCGAUGAAACGAAGCUUGACGCUUCCAAAUCCCCAUCCAAGAAAAUUUCCAAAAACCAUUCGCACAGUAACGAUUCCGAUUCCGACUUGGAAGACUUGCAUCACAUCAUCGAGGAAGCGGGAAAAGCGCUGCAAUUUGCUCGUGUUACUCUUAAAAGAAGACAAUCAGGAGAUUUCUUUUCAUCUGCCGAAAACGCUGAACUGUUGGCAACAUGUGGGACGCACUUGCACUGCUUACAGACUAUCUGCGAACAUAUUGCGAUUGAUGGAAAAGAAAACAACUUCUCAGAUGUUGAUUUGAAAGAAUUGUAUUAUUUGAUUGAGGAGUGGAAAGUAUUAAAGAGGAGUGUUGAGAUGUAUGAAGAAGUAGAUGAUGAUAAAAUCAAACAAAAAUAUCUUAAAGCACAAAAGAAUAUCGAUGACUUAUUUAACAAAAUGUCAGAACUCUCUUCACUCACAGAAAUCGAAUCAAAGAAUUUCAAGACUUGGGACGAGCUGCAAGACAACAUAUCCAGGUUGCAGAUGGUGUUGAGUACACUGCAAGACACGAGAGAACAGCUACUCUCCGUCAAUCUUCAAGUUCACCGUUUCGUCACCGAAUACGGCGGCGAUGCAAAAUACAAAGAUAUCUGUCUUAAGGACGACAUCACUGAGCUAUAUCAGAAAUGGGAAGAUAUCUAUGAAAUGAACGGGACCCAGCUAACCGAAUUGGAAACUCUGAAAACGAACUGGAAGAAGUAUAGUGAUAAAUUUAAAGAUUUGAAUUCGAAAGUGCUGGACAACCUCUCCUCAUAUAAAUACUGUACCAGCCAUUGCCAUGCACUUGAGGAUGAGGUAACUUGUAGCUUACAAAAAGAUCUGAAAGAAUUGAAAGCUGAUGCAACGUGCCUCCGGAAAUAUCUAAAGAACUCAGAAACAUGGAAGAAUAUACAACGAGAUCUGCACGAGUUGGAAAAUCGAAUCAAUGCACACUCCAAUUCUGCUUCCGUAUCAAGAAGUGUCGAACAUCCGAACUCCUCCACCGUUGAGGACGAUCCAGAUGACCAUUUCGAAGAUGCGAUUCAACAAAUAGAUGCUUACGAAUCCCUCCAGAGAAAAAAACUCUCCCUCCCCCAUUUGGAAGACAUUGGUAAGAAAGCCAGGAGCGCCAAAAAGAAAUCGUCGAAGUUUUGGCGAAUCAUCCGCGUCGCCGUCCCCGUGCAGCUGACGUUGGUUCUGUUGUUCUGCCUGGCAUGCUACCUGGAGCCGAACUGCUGCGACAGACUCAACAACUUCAAUUUUUCAUUCACCCCUCAUCUCAGAUACCUACGAGGACCACCGCCUGUCUGAAGCAUUGACUGCUUGUGAAGGAAUGCAAAAUCAAGCACACCGUUUUUUAAGAAAGAGCAGUAUAAAAUACCGUUUAUAAAGUAACCCGUCCCUAAUAGUUUUUUUAAAAUAAGAGGAAAACAGAAAGGUGCCUUAACUUUUAAAAAAUUUUAAAGAACUUUUUUUUUUUUUUUUUGAAAAGACAUGUUUUAAACUGGGACUAAUUAUUUCAUAUGGAUAAAAACUCAUUCACUAUUUUUCAUUAUGUUUGCAAUUUGCAUUACUUACAACCUACUUUAAACUAUUAUAGAGUCUUAAUUUCACUUUAUAUGCUGCUGAUUUUCAACAUAAAAACGUGAUAAAAGUAUUUAGGGAUUAUUUAUUCAAUUUAAGUAUUUUUACUACUUUCUUUAAACGAUAAUAUUUAUAAUAGCUUAGCAGUCGUUUUAUGCACUUUUUAUAUUUACAUACAUGUUUCAAUAGCCAUUGUUUCACUACAAGAAAUAUAUAUUUUCUAUUAAGCAAGGCAACAUUUUCAGUAAUAUUAAUCUAUUUUAAUAAUACUUAUUAAACUAUAUUUUAAAAGCAUUUAUAAAGCAUAUUAUACAUUAAUAAGUAACAUUUAUCGAAGUAAACCUAAGACUCAGCAGAAACGAGUUUUGUAUAUUUUUAUAAGGAAUCUUGACUAGUUAUAUUUGCUUUUUAAGAUAGUUUCAGUUAUUCUUAUUGUAAUGUCUUAUUCAGUUAUAAGUAAUAUACUUAAAGAUUUUUUUGUUCUUCUACUUAUUUUAUUUAGUGUUUACUCUAUUCAAUAGUGUUUUUGACUUAAGAUUUUCAGCUAGUUUUGAGAAAUUCGCUUAGUAAUGGUUACGCUGUUUAUUCAUUUUUGAGGGUACCUAUAAAUUAUAAAACAUUUCACGUAUAUACGUUGCUGUGCCUAAUUAUUGAAAUAAUUAUUGCAAAAGCAGUUGUAAAUAAUUCGAAAAUAAUAUGAAAGAAACUAAAAAGUUAUGGUUAAGUUAUUAUUUCUGUAACGAUAUUUUUAUCUGAUUAUUUUUUUUCUUUUUCUGUUAAUUAAAAAAAAAAACGUCAAACAUAAAAUAAGUAAUUAACUCAUAACAAUACCUUUAUACAAAACGAAAUGUUAUUUUAAUAUUUACCUUUUUUUAAAGAUAAAUAUUAAAAAAUUAAAUUUAAAAUUUUACCUGUAAUUAUUUAGAAGACGAGUUAUCAUUAUUUUCUGUAACUUAAUUUUUUUUUAUUUCAACGCACAUUUAUAUAAAAACUAUUGUUUUUUUUUUUAAUUAUUCCAUAUUGAUUGAUAGCAUUUCAACAUACUAACAUCUACUUUUUUAUGAUUCGGUUUUAACUACAUUUACAAUUACUUACACAUUGAAUCAAAGAUAGGAAUUAUUCUUCGAAAGACAAGUAGACCGUUUUGUAAAUGUUAUAAAUUAAAAUAAAUUUGAAAGAAAUAUGAAUUUAUACAAAUACAAAUUAAAUUUAUUUUUCAUAUUUAAAUACUUAAUUAGAAACAUAACAUUUCUUAUGGAAUCUGGAUAUUUUGUGCACAACCCUUACAAGAAAAAUAUACCGCUUAUGUCUAGAAAUUUUAUAAAACAACGACCCAAAAAUAAUAAACUUUGUAUAAAUUCUUUUAUCGAAAUUUUAUGUUUGGCAACGAACAACAAUUAUUUUGAUUAGUGAACAGAUACAAGACGAAAUGAAACCUUCCCAAGUUCAGUUUUUAAUUUACAUCAGGCAUUCAAAAAGCAUACAAUUUCACGAAUUAAAUACCUGUGUGAUUUUUCCCUUUGUAUAGUCACAUAUAAUCAUCCCAGUUUUCCAUUUGACGAUGAAAACAUUUUUAAAAUUUCUAGUCACAAAUAGCUUUCAUACGAAUUUUAAAUCUCAUUAUUUUUUUUUUAACAUUUUCAGUAUUUUCAUAUAUUCUAUUAUCUGGUUUAUUUUAUUAGGAAAUGUUUUCAUUGUAUUAGAUAAUAUUCCUCUCGUUAUUCCAUUGUACAGUACCUCAUUUCCGCACCUGUGGACCUUAUUUUGAAUUGUGUUUGUGUUGUUAGCAGCUAAGUGUCGUAUAACUCAUUUCACAGUGUUUGGGGGGUUAAAGGACGGCUUUCAUUGUUAUUUCUGAAUAGAUUUUAUGUUAUUUAGCUUAUUUGGAUUAGUUUGAGUGUCUCACUAAAAUCAUUCAUUAUUUACUCUCAUACGAACAGCUUCAGUUGUUUUGUACUGUUUAUGCUAAUAAAUAUAUUUUACUGAAAA